AUGGACGCCCACCACGACGAUACCGCACGCUUGCAAGCUGUUUUGCAAGCACUUUCGAGAACACCUUCCGAGACGGAAUAUAUGCCCGCACCACCACCACCACCACCACCAUCAUAUCAGAGCAUCGCUAGUGAUCCGAUUAUGCCACUACCUACCAUGCACAACCCGUACGACGCAGAAGACGAGCACGACGAAGACGACACUCCUGAAAUCACGAUUAAUGCUGCGACGCAAGUCCGCGGACACGGCAACAUCAUCUCCAUCGCGCAAAUGGAUAGUCUGCGCAUCGCCAACCUCAUCGCCACAAUACUCAGAGGGGACUCCCCAAGCCCAUCACCAUCAUCCUCGCCAGAAGCUACAACCUUACCUUUACUCGCAAGCAUGACCAAGCCUUCAAGACCAUAUCCCAGGAUCAACGUCACAGUCAACUGCGGCGCGACGGUCAUUGGGGAUAGGAAUAUCGUGGGCCCGGGGCUGGGGGAUGUCGCGAGGCAGAUGCAGGUUGCGCAUAGGAAUCAGGUCGCGCAGCAGGCGGCGAAGACGGCGGAGAUGCAGUCUAUGGCGCAGAGGCAUGGGUUGUUUGCAGCGCAGACAGUUACGCCGCCGAUGAGUCGGAGUGGGAGUGCGCAUAGUGAUGGGGCCGGGGUGAAGAGGAAGGCUGAUGAGGAGGCGGAAGAAAGCAUGAAGAGGCGAUGUUGAUGUGGGAGUGGGAUGUGUUUGAACAUAUUGGUAUUUUUCAUUCUCGUCUUGCGUGUUCCAUGGCGACGAUCUUCUUUCGUCUGAGCGUUUGGGAGACUUCGGUGCAGUGGGGUUUGGUGGGAUCACGAAUGUACGACGGUAACGAAUUAUGUUGUAUACAAUACCUUCUCGUUGA